AUGAGAAAAGGUUUCAGUUUCUUCAUUUCUCUCUGUAGCCGUAACCAUCUAUUACCGCCGCCGCCACCCUCACUCCCCUCUCCCGGCGUCUCCUUCUUCUCUAGAUCUCAUCUCUCCACCGCCUCCGUUGCCAUGCCAGGACCCGACUCACUCGAUAUCGAAUGGCCGGCCAAGCGCGUCAGAGACACCUUCGUCAAGUUCUUCGAGGAUAAGAACCAUGUCUAUUGGAAGUCCAGUCCCGUCGUCCCUUUCAAUGAUCCUACUCUCCUCUUUGCUAACGCCGGGAUGAACCAAUACAAGCCAAUUUUUUUGGGGACUGUUGAUCCUAACACUGCCUUGAGCAAACUCUCUCGAGCGUGCAAUACCCAGAAGUGCAUUCGAGCUGGUGGUAAGCAUAAUGAUCUUGACGACGUGGGGAAAGACACUUACCAUCACACUUUCUUUGAGAUGUUGGGAAAUUGGUCGUUUGGCGAUUACUUUAAAGAAGAAGCCAUUAGCUGGGGAUGGGAACUUCUAACCAAAGUUUAUAAAUUACCUUCAGAUCGCAUUUAUGCUACGUAUUUUGGUGGUGAUGAGAAGGCUGGUCUCGCCCCUGAUACCGAGGCCAGAGAUAUAUGGUUGAAAUUUUUGCCUCCUGGACGAGUGCUUCCUUUUGGCUGUAAAGACAAUUUCUGGGAGAUGGGUGACACUGGUCCUUGUGGGCCUUGCACUGAAAUACAUUUUGACAGAAUAGGUAACCGUGAUGCUGCGGAUUUGGUUAAUAAUGAUGAUCCUACCUGCAUUGAGAUAUGGAACCUCGUCUUUAUCCAGUUCAAUAGGGAGGCUGAUGGCUCUCUUAAAUCCUUGCCUGCAAAGCAUGUUGACACUGGGAUGGGUUUUGAACGAUUGACCUCUAUUCUACAGAACAAAAUGAGCAAUUAUGACACUGAUGUCUUUGUGCCUAUUUUCGACGCUAUUCAACUGGCAACUGGUGCUCACCCAUAUUCCGGGAAAGUCGGACCUGAGGAUGCUGAUAAAGUAGACAUGGCAUACAGGGUAGUUGCAGAUCACAUUAGGACUCUGUCAUUUGCCAUUGCUGACGGGUCCCGUCCUGGUAAUGAAGGUCGCGAGUAUGUUCUGAGGCGUAUACUUCGUCGAGCUGUUCGGUAUGGGCGUGAAGUGCUAAAAGCUGAAGAGGGUUUUUUCAAUGGGCUUGUAAAUGUUGUGGCAAAUGUACUGGGUGAUGUUUUCCCUGAGCUAAAACAACAGGAAGUGCACAUUAGAAAUGUGAUUCAAGAGGAAGAGGAAAGUUUCGGUAGAACCUUAGUUAAGGGUAUUGCAAAAUUUAAGACAGCUGUUCAACACGUCCAGGGAAACAUACUGAGCGGGGAGGCAACGUUUGAGUUAUGGGAUACAUUCGGGUUCCCAUUAGAUCUGACACAGCUUAUGGCUGAAGAGAAAAAAUUACAAGUUGACGUCGAAGGUUUUAAUAGGGCUAUGGAAGCUGCAAGGGAAAGAUCAAGAAGCGCUCAAAAUAAGCAAGCUGGUGGUGCUAUUGUCAUGGAUGCUGAUGCCACAUCAGCGUUGCAAAAGAGAAGUAUUGCUCCAACUGAUGACAGUUUCAAAUUUGUUUGGUUCAAGGACCAUGAAAGUGUGGUAAAAGCAAUAUAUACUGGCUCUGAGUUUGUUGAUUCUGUUAAUACUGAUGGUGAUGUUGGUGUGAUUCUGGAAUCUACAAGCUUCUAUGCUGAACAGGGUGGUCAGAUUUUCGAUACUGGGUCACUUGAUUUUCAACAUGCUUCAUAUCAAGUUCAUAAUGUUCAAGUUUACGGAGGUUAUGUGCUUCACAUUGGUAAUGGGACUGGUAUCUCUGUUGGAGACAAAGUAGUAUGCAAGGUUGAUUAUGGAAGACGUUCGCUUAUAGCCCCUAACCAUACAUGCACGCACAUGUUAAAUUUUGCUCUUAGGGAAGUACUUGGCAAUCAUGUAGACCAGAAAGGAUCUAUUGUUCUUCCUGAAAAAUUGAGAUAUGAUUUUUCUCAUGGCAAGCCUGUCGAUGCUGAUUCUUUAAGGAGAAUCGAGUCAAUUGUUAACGAACAAAUUAAAGCUGAAUUGGAUGUAAAUGCAAAGGAGGUAACUCUUGCCGAAGCCAAGCGCAUUAAUGGUCUACGAGCUGUUUUUGGAGAAGUCUAUCCUGAUCCAGUCAGAGUUGUGUCAGUUGGACAAAAAGUUGAAGAUCUGCUUGCUGAUCCUGAGAACGAAAAAUGGUUAUCUAUUUCAUCUGAAUUGUGUGGCGGUACCCAUAUUUCAAAUACACGAGAGGCUAAAGCUUUUGCGCUUUUAGCUGAGGAGGGAAUUGCUAAAGGAAUCCGUAGAAUAACAGCUGUCACAACUGAUCGUGCUUCUGAUGCAAUGAAACUGGCAGAUGAAUUUGAGCAGCAAGUAGAUGAAGCGGCUAAGCUGGAAGGAAGUUUUCUGGAAGAGAAAGUUUCAGCUCUGAAAAGCAGCGUGGAAACAUUAUCAAUUCCUGCAACUAAGAAAGCUGAUAUCAAGACCAAGAUUGCCCUACUUCAGGAUCAAGUGAGAAAAGCGCAAAAGCGUGUUGCUGAAGAAAACAAACGUAAAGCUGUAUUAUUAACGGCUGAGAAGGCUGAUCUAGCUGUUUCAGAUGGGAAAUCUUUUUGCAUAUCUCACGUUAAUGUUGGCCUGGAUGUUGCAGCAGUUCGCGAGGCUGUUACAAAAGUCAUUGAUCAGAAGGGGUUGUCAGUGAUGGUUUUUAGCACUGAUGAAUCUACAAACAAGGCUGUAGUUUGUGCUGGGGUGCCGGAGAAAGGAGAUAAAGGUAAGCUGGAUGUAUCAGAGUGGCUGACUAAUGCUUUGGGGCCACUGAAAGGGAGAUGUGGUAAAGGAAAGGGAGGUCUUGCAACAGGACAGGGCACGGAUGCAGCACACGUAAACGAGGCUAUGGAUCUUGCAGUGAAGUUUGCAUCUGUGAAAUUAACUUAA